AUGUCAGAACAAUUUACGUAUUCUGAUCCUACUCAUGUCAAACAUGCAAAAACCGUUAAUAACAGAGUCUAUGAAUCGAGUAAUGAAGAAGAAAUGGGGUCAAAAACCUAUAAAAUCCAUCAUUCUAAAUCUUCUGAUGUGAUCAAUAAAUUUGAUUCAUCAUCGCUAUUGAAAUUUAACCAAAAAGAAAUUGUUGAUAAUGCCAUUGAACAAGCAAAAGAAUUGUACCAAUGUUACUUUGAGAAAAUACCUUUUGUUCACGUUAAUGAUGUUUCAACUUUGUUAUUACUCCAAAAUGCGUUUAAUAAAUUGUUAUCAAAUAACAAAGGUCUUGGAAAAUUAUUGUUAAUUAAUGAUCCAACGAUCCAGGACUAUGGAAAAGUAAAGAUGUCUUCAGUAUAUUGUCAAAAUAAUAAUCUCCAGAUUUGGUUUCCCGUUUUUAGAGAAUUAUUAUCUCAAUCAUUAUUCCAUAAAACACUGGCGAUACAGAAAUAUUAUCCAGAGUAUGUUUUUUCUUUAAACUAUACGUAUAAAUAUAUUCGUGAUAAUAGAGAGGUAUUUGUUAGUGAAAUUUUAUUAAAACUUAUUAAUUUCUAUAUUCAUGCAAUGGAUAAUCCUUUUAUGGACGUAACUGAUAUUUCUGCAACUGCUACUUAUGGAACUGGUCAAGAAAUUGAUUUGGAAAUAAAUGAUUUUAUUAAAAAAUUGGACCUAUAUCGAAUAAUCUUAAUUUAUAAAAGACUUAAGACUAAUAUAAAGAACCUGGAAGCAUUUAUUGAUGAAUUAACAUUUGCUUAUCUUGAGUUUCCAAACAACAAUAACUUGCUAAAUCUAGAUCAAAUUAUUGUAAAUUUGAAAAGAAAUACAAGGUUUAUUAAACCCAAAUAUUUUCAGGAGAAAACUGAUAAUUAUUCAAACAGAUUCGAUAAUAAUAAAAAGAAGCAACUGAAGAAAAAUAAUAAAUAUGAACAUAGGAAUCAAAAUUCUUCAAAGGAUAAUGAUGAAAAUUAACAAAUUGGUAGUCACAAUACUGAUAUAAAAUUAUCUAGUUUUUCAAUAAAUAAUAUUAUUUCAAGUGACCAACCAAUCAAUAAUCAGUACAUCUAUGAUAAUAAUAAAAUAGAUGAUAGCAAAAAUUAUGUUUUCGACAGCGGAGCAAGCGUUACUGUGGUAAAUGAUAUAAAACAAUUAAUAAAUAUAAAGGAAGAUUUAGAAGAUAGUGAAAGGCUAUUCUAUACUGUUUCAAAUGUACCAAUUUAUGCAAAAGCUAAGGGUGAUUUAGUUAUAAAAAUCAAAAACUGCAAAUUUACAAUUAAUAACGCUUAUUAUAUUCCAGGAAUCCAACUGAAUCUAAUAAGUUUCAAUGAUUUAUUGAAUAAAGGUUUUCUAAUAUUAUUUGACAACGAUUAUUUAUUUCUUAUUAAAAAAUCUAAUGGAAAAUGUUUUAAUAUUGCAAAACGAGAUACGAAUUCUAAUUUGUUUAACAAUAUUAGAUCAAGAGAUUUUUUCAGUAUGAAACUAUCUCGAAAAAUUAUAGAUGAAUUAAAUAAUAUGAAUCAGAAAAUUAUCAACAAGAAAACAUUGAAUUAUUUCAAUAAUAAGUACAUUAAGAUUUCUAACAUGAAUCAUGAAAUCGCAAACCCGUUUAAACGCAAACGCGAUCUAAUGUACUAUCAUCUUAUGGGUAACCAUAUGUCUCUUGAAAGUAUGAAAUACUUAAUUAAAAGUGGGCAUAUAAAAAUGAGUUCUGAAAUAACGGCUUCGGAAGAAGAAAGGGUUAAAUCUUGUAAUGAAUGCUUAGCAAUCAAUUCAAAACAAUCCUCACAUAACCAUACUCAUUUCACAGCACCCAGAAGGUUAUUUAGAUUACAUUCAGAUACGUUGGGAAUAUUUAGUCACCGAGGCAAAAAGUAUUACAUUACAACCUUAAUUGAUGAAUACUCCGGUUACUUAAAUACAAUAUGGUCUGAACAUAAAUCAAUUCAAGAUUUAUUAUUUGAAAAAAUAAGAAUUUGGAAUAAUAAAUUUGUAGAUGCAAAUGUUGCGUUCUUUCGAACUGACAAUGCAUUGGAGAUGCCUACUAAAGAUCAAUUAGCAGAAAUCGGUAUUGAAAAAGAUGAAAUUGCAUCUUACAGUCCAGAAUUAAAUGGAAUUAGUGAAAGAACUAAUAGAUCCAUAAUUCAAUUUAUAAGAAAAGCCCUCUUACCCAUACAAGAUACUAGAACUCUUUAUCUUCUACCUAAGAUUGUUGACUAUGUAACAUACAUAAGGAACAUGACACCUGUUCGUUCAAAAGGAGGUCUGUGUCCGUAUGCAUUAUUCUAUGAUACGAAUAAGUUCCAUUAUAAUCCUAUACAAUUUGGUCUAGACGUAAUUGUUAAGUUAAGUUCCACAGUGGAAGCUAAAAAGUAUGGAGUCAGCAACUCAAAAACUAGUCCAUGUAUUUUAUUUGGUACAUUUAUUGGUUACGGUACAGACGUACACGUUUAUAAAGUUAUUUUAUCUACCAAAGACUUUCCAAUAAUAGUGACACCAAAUAUUACAUUAAUGAAAUCAAUGGAUAAUUUAAAAGUCUAUCUAAAGAGUCUCGAUUACCUUCAAGACAAAGAUGCUCAAGACAUCGAUAUUUCACUCGGAAAACUUACAGAUAGAACAGAUGAAAAAUUAUCUAUAGCAAUAGAGCAUAUGAAUCAAGAUACAAUUUAUGAAUGUAAUGAGUAUGAUACCCAGGAAAGUCUAGUAAAUUCAAACUCAACGAUUCAAGACGUAGCUCAACAUAUAUUCGAAAGAACACAUGAAUCAAAUUCACUAGGAAUGUCAAAUCCAGUCCACUCUAAUUAUACAAUGGUGACUGAUACGUCAAAUGAUUUUGAUUAUACCAUAGAGGAAACUAUGAACGAAGUUAAUCUGAAUCCAUCUGAUACAAAUGAAACGACAACUGAUUCAAAUAUCACAAAAACUAAUUUCAACGACUCACUGAAUAGUAGUGAUAAUUCACAACAAAAAUCGUCUACUCAUCAAACGUUACCUCAUCCACUGGCCCCGGAUAAAAAUGAUGAAAUAAAUAAGAUAAAUGAAGAUGGUAAUACACAUUUAUCAUUAGAGUCGAGUACAUUAUCGGAAAAGACACCGACAACUCAAAAUAAUGUACGGGUUUCAACUAGAAGUAAAAAAGCCAUUGUAGAGACGGUUGAACCCAGAGGAAAAAUAACCUCAAGUAAAGAUUCGAGAGUUAAAAAGGAUCCACAUAAAACAUCUUUACGCAAUUCUUCAAAAUCCUCGAAGAAAAUAAAUGACUUACAAUCGCAUGCACCUAAAGUAAAUAAGUCAUUAGAAACUAUUCCAUAUACUGUCAUAACUCGAUCUAUGUCAAGGAAACUAAACUCACAAUCAUCCAAAUCCAAUUCUUUAGUCACUCGGAAAAUUAAUACUGUAUAUCGAAAAGUCGAUUUAACAGAUAACAACUGGAAGCAGUCAAUACAACGCGAAUUAGAUACUUUUAAGAAAUAUGAAGUAUAUACGGUUGUGAAAAAUCCUAAAAAUGUCAAACCUAUUCCAACUACUUGGGUUCAUACACAUAAAAUUAACGAUCUCAAAGAAGUUCAGUAUAAAUCACGUUGCGUUGUACAGGGCUUUAGGCAAAUUGCAAAUGAACACUAUGAUACCUCGAAGGUGUCAUCUCCUGUGAUUGAAUUAUCCAUAAUUCGUUUACUUACAGCGAUAGCAGUUGAAUAUGAAUGGCCGAUACAUCAUCUUGAUAUAUCUUCCGCAUAUUUACAUGCAGAUAUCGACUAUGAGAAAUCCAUAUUUGUUAAACCACCACCUGGAUCGAAUAUUGAUUCUGGUAAAUGUUGGCAAUUAAACAAAUCUGUUUAUGGAAUGAAACAAGCAGGGUAUAUGUGGUAUCAAUGUAUAACUAAGGUUCUUAUGGAUCUUAAUUUCGAACCUGAUACUGCCAUUAGCGGAAUGUUUUGUAAAUAUUUUGGUGAAAAUAAGAAGCUCAUCGUUGCACUAUAUGUGGAUGAUAUGUUUUUAACUUCGUCUAAUAUUACAAUUCUUAACGAUUUCAAACUUGAACUCGCUAAACAUUUCGACCUUAAAUAUUUCGCUGACAUAUCUGAAUUCUUAGGAAUUGAAUUCAUUCAAAUUGCAGGGGGGUAUAGAUUAUCACAACACAAUUUCUUGAAUUCUGUAAUUAAAAAAUUCAAUUUAACAAAUAAUUAUGGAAAGUAUAUUCCAAUAAUUAAAGAGAAAAAUAAAAUUUCCGAAACUCAACUAAAGAGUGAAUUUACUAAUGACGAAGUCAUUAAAAAUGAAUCAUUGCUAAAUGAAGAAGAUAAAAGACUAUAUCAAUCAGGUGUUGGUUCGUUAUUAUGGGCAGCUAAUAACACGCGGCCAGACAUAAGUUUUGCUGUAAAUCAAUUGAGCUCAAAUAAUCAAAAUCCGACAUCAGUCGAUCUUGAAAAAUUGAUAUAUUGUUUACGUUAUGUAAAACAAACAAUAUCUUUUAGUUUAGAGUAUAAGCGGAAUCGAUUUUCACAUAAAAAGGGAUCAUUUAUCAUUCAAACUUUUUCAGAUGGAUCUUUUGCACCCACAAAAGAUAGAAGACUGAUUACAGGUUAUACAGUUUAUUUAAAUGGUAAUCUAAUAAAUUGGUCUACCAUAAGGCAGAAGGUUAUCACUGAUAGUUCUGCAGCUUGUGAAAUCAAUGCACUACAUUCAGCUGUGAGAAGUACACUUAAAUCAAGACAAGCUAUAUUAGAUCUAAAUUUAGUUAUUGAUGAAAUUACAUUAUUUGAAGACAACGCCGCAGUUAUAGCGAACUGUAAUAAUGAAGGUACUUCAUAUUCAAGGCGUAUGGUCGAUAUCAAAUUAAAAUUUAUCAGACAGUUAGUUUCUGAAGGUAUAUUAAAAUUAAAAUAUGUUAACACAAGUAUUAAUAUAGCAGAUAUGUUAACAAAGGCAUUAAGCCGAAAAUUAUUUGAAAAUCUUCGUUCACUACUAUUUGAAAGAAAUGAUUUAAAUAAAGAAUAG